GGACGCUGUUACACGUCAACACGGUGCUGACGUCAAGUUUGUUGCAGGAAGUAAAUCUCUCUUUGCCACUCAGGAAAGAGGUUUCAUUCCGGCGUGCGAGUUUGUUUGGUUUCCCAUGUGACACCGACUUAAAAUCACAGAUCAAACCCCGGUAACUGAUCGCUAUCUGUCAGAACAUCACAGCUGUCAUCAUGGGCAAGAAAGGCAAGAAAGAGAAGAAGGUGAAGGGAGCAGAGAAGACUGCUGCUAAGAUGGAGAAGAAGGUCUCAAAGAGGUCCAAGAGAGAGGAGGAGGAUUUGGAGGCUCUGAUUGCAGAGUUUCAGAAUCUGGAUGCAAAGAAGACCCAAGUUGUAGAAACAACAUGUCCACCUCCAUCAGCAAGAUUGAGUGCGUCUCUCUCUGCCCAUCCUGAGAAAGAUGAACUCAUCCUGUUUGGAGGAGAAUUCUUCAACGGCAGGAAGACGUACCUGUACAACGAUCUGUUUUUCUACAACAUCAAGAAGAACAGCUGGGUGAAGUCAGACAUCCCCAACCCUCCUCCCCCACGCUGCUCUCACCAGGCGGUGGUAGUUCCCCAGGGCGGGGGUCAGCUCUGGGUGUUUGGGGGAGAGUUUGCCUCUCCAAACGGGGAACAGUUUUACCACUACAAGGACCUUUGGGUGCUGCACCUGGCUACACACACGUGGGAGAACAUCAAGGCGCCCGGUGGUCCACCAGGUCGCAGCGGCCACCGAAUGGUCCUCAGCAAGAAACAGCUGCUGGUGUUUGGAGGUUUCCAUGAGAGCACCAGGGAUUUUAUCUACUACAAUGACAUCUACUCCUUCUCCCUGGACACCUUCUCCUGGUCACGCCUCACAACGUCGGGCUCCGCCCCCGCCCCACGCUCUGCCUGUCAGAUGACCUCCACGCCCGACGGCAUGGGUGUCAUCAUCUACGGGGGAUACUCUAAAGUGAGAGUCAAGAAGGAUGUAGAGAAGGGCACCAUCCACUCUGACAUGUUCCUUCUCAAGCGAGAGGGUAAAGAUGGCCAAGAGAAGUGGUCGUGGUCCAGGGUGAGCCCCUCUGGGAACAAGCCCCCUCCUCGCUCUGGGUUUUCUCUGGCGGUGGGCCCAGCCGGGCGGGCGGUGCUGUUUGGUGGGGUUUGUGAUGAGGAAGAGGAGGAGACACUGGAGGGCGACUUCUACAACGACCUCUACCUGUAUGACACAGUGAAGAACCGCUGGUUCCCCGGCGUGCUCAGGGGAAAUAAGUCUGAGAAGAAGAAACGAAGAAGGGGGAAGAAGGCUGGAGCAGAGGGGGAGGGAGCAGAGAGGAAGGAGGGGGAGGAGGAAGAGGGGGCACUUCAAGGACCCACUGAGGUCAUCAAGGAGAUUGUCACUGAGGACGGUACAGUGAUGACCAUCAAGGAAGUGAUCCCUGGAGCUCAGGAGGAGGAGGAGGAAGAGGAGGAGGAGGAGGAGGAUGAGGAGGACGAUGCCUCGGCCCCCCUGGUGGAGCCCUGCGCGAGGUCCAGUGCCAUGGCAACGGCGCGUCAGGGCAAGCUCUUCCUGUACGGAGGGAUGUUCGAGGUUGGCGACCGCCAGUUCACCCUGAACGACUUCUACUCUCUGGACCUCAACAAGAUGGAACAGUGGGAGGUUCUGGUGGAAAUGGACCCAAAGACACAGGAGUGGCUGGAAGAGUCUGAGUCAGAGGAAGAUGAGGAGGAGGAGGAGGAGGCGGCGAAAGGAGCAGAAGGGGAGGAAGAGGAGAAGGCGAAAGGAGCAGAAGGGGAGGAAGAGGAGUCUGAAGAGGAAAGCGAGGAUGAGGAAGAUGAAGAGGAGCAUCCCGCGGUGCAGGAGGGAGAGACAGUGACGGAUUACCAAACCCGAACAGAGCAGUACUGGAUUGGACUGGCACGUGCCAACAUGGGCGCUGACGCCAAGGACAAAAAGGUUGCUAAGGUUGCCCUCGCCAUGGCUAAAGUCUUCUUUGAAGACCAAUAGUGGGAUACGCCAAACUGUUUGUGUUUGUGUGUGUGUGUGUGUGUGGGGGGGGGAGGUGUGUGCGCGCGCGUGUGUGUGUGUGUGAAAUAUGUUUUUGUAAUUACCUUUUAUAAAACAUAUCAUUUGAACUGUACUGCAAAUAAUUCAGUAAUACAAACUGAAUUUCAUUCAUGUUUAAGACAGAAAACCAAAAGCCUUUAUUUUCUCCCACUGAUCAAGUUAAAUUUGAAUAUAUGGACUAUUUUCCGUUUAUGAAUAUACCAUUACAUCAGAUGGUAGAUUAUGGUACGCUUUUAGUAACGCUUUUAGUAACGCUUUUCUGUAACUUCACUAGAUAAUAUUCAACGUUGACAUUUUUUAACUAAACUGGGGAAAAAAAGUUCGGAAACUUGUGUUUGGUGGAUUAUUUCUCUGUUGUUACAAUGCUAAUUGGCAUUGUAUUUUACAUCGUUGGAAAGCCUGUUUAUUUACCUUCACAAUGAUGUCCAACUUGUAAGGAUCAUGCCUUUGUGGGAUGAGCAGCACAGCUGAUUAUGUGGGUAGCGCACAAGAAACAUUUGCCAAAAUGCUGAUGUCAAUUUUGAGACUAGUGAGUGUGGUGAAGCAAAGUAAAGCACACAUUAGUGUUUAAAUACCUGGAGCCACAUCUUAGUAUAGUUUAGCAUUGAAAUUAAAUUGCAUGUGGUUUUGGUUUGUGAGGACCGAAGGGUUGUACAUACUGCGUAGUUGAACAGCUUCUCGAUGACAUGGUUCUUUGUUUACACGUGUUCUAAAAUCCAUCAAACGUUUCUGUAGCUUUCCUCCUUUACUGUUUACAUCCCGUCAGUGAUGUUACUGUGGGUGUUUUACUGUACUUGAGAACAGAGAGCUGUGUAGCAAACCACCAGAAGUGCCAGAGCUACAACUUGUCUCCACUUAAACCUGCUUUAGAUGGGGGCAGCAGAACAAGCUGUAAACACAACAUUGACGUAUUACCAUCGUGUAAAGUUGAUAUUGGCAAACAGCUACUUAUUCACACACCUAGCAGAUACUGAGCAACAUUAGCACUCAUUUGGAGUUGUGUUUCUGGACACCUGACAAAUGUAAGUCAAAUGUUCACUCUCCUUUUAUAUCUGUUUCUAGGUUCCCCAACUAGUUGGUUGAAAUUUAGUGCUAAGCAGGAAGCGUACAGUUUUUUUUUUACUGAAAACAAGGUUGAUAAGAGCGGUGAGAGUUUGGGCUGAACAAUUUUCAAAAAAUAUCUAACUGCGAUUAUUUUGACUGAUAUUGCAACUGCGAUAUAAUUUGCGAUUUAGAGGAAAUGCAAAUUUUUACAUCAUUAUUCUCAUUUUCAUGAAAACGUAUUAAAAUGAUUAUGGUGUGAUUUUUGUGGGGAUCUGUACCAAACAAAGAUAUUUUCUUAAGUCUGUAGAAUAUGAUGUGUAGGCCAGGACAGCUCUGCAGCACUGCAAUAUUUAAUCGGUUAUUUCAUUGCGAUUUCAAAAUUGCAGUAGGCCAUUAUUGCGAUUUCGAUAAAAUUUUGAUUAAGUAUUCAGCCCUAGUGAGAGUGAACCAAAACAUUAAAGUUGCAGGCACUAAAACCAAAACAAUGAGCUGAAAGACACUAAAAAGUUCAAUUGAGCUGAGGGGAACUGUAGUCGGGUGAUAAUUCUCUUUGGGUUUGUUUACACAUAGUCAUGUGAUGCAUUGUUAGUAUGAUAAUAUUGAUUAGUGCAGCCAUUGGUGAUUAAACAUGUCAUUAUCUUUUGCUAAUGUUUUAAUGCAUCCAAAAGUUGUUGUGUUUCCUGCUGCAAGAGGACGCUUUUUCACAGUUUACAAUAAACAUGAUCCUAUUGUGAUGAGGACAGCUUCUAAAGGUGGUAAUACAAAGUGAGGAUAAAAUUGGAAAGACAAUGCACGUCUGAUUAUGCAUCAGAGUAAUGGGAGUACAUUUUCUUUAGUAAAAGAAAAAUAAAUGAUUAAAGCAUG